CUGGCGCACUGAAGCGGAAGUCGCCGCCCGCACUGCUUCUCGUCCGUUGGGGCUUCGUCCACCAUGGUGCGGAAGCUCAAAUUCCACGAGCAGAAGCUGCUGAAGCAGGUGGACUUCCUAAACUGGGAGGUCACCGACCACAACCUGCACGAGCUGCGCGUGCUGCGGCGGUACCGGCUGCAGCGGCGCGAGGAGUACACCCGCUACAACCAGCUGAGCCGGGCGGUGCGCGAGCUGGCGCGGCGCCUGCGCGACCUCCCCGAGCGGGACCCGUUCCGCGUGCGGGCCUCGGCCGCGCUGUUGGACAAGCUGUAUGCGCUGGGCCUGGUGCCCACGCGCGGCUCCCUCGAGCUCUGCGAUUUCGUCACCGCCUCGUCCUUCUGCCGCCGCCGCCUGCCCACCUUGCUCCUCAAGCUGCGCAUGGCACAGCAUCUCCAGGCGGCCGUGGCCUUCGUGGAGCAGGGCCACGUGCGCGUGGGUCCCGACGUGGUGACCGACCCCGCCUUCCUCGUCACUCGCAGCAUGGAGGACUUUGUCACCUGGGUCGACUCGUCCAAGAUCAAGAGGCACGUGCUGGAGUAUAACGAGGAGCGUGAUGACUUUGAUCUGGACGCCUAGGCGGGUUUCCACGUCACCACCGUCACCCGUUACUGAUGGGCAAGAGAGGAUGCUGGGGAUGGUGAAGUAUUCUCACUGACUGUGUCCGAUGGUCGUGGAUUCUUAACAAACUUGACUCUUAGGCCGGGAGUGAUGGCACACGCCUUUUAAUCCCAAAUCCGGAGGCAGAGGGAGGAUCACCGUGAGUUCGAUAUCAUCCUGAGACUACACAGUGAAUUCCAGGUCAGCCUGGACUAGAGUGAGACCCUUCCUCGAAAAACCAAAACUACAACUACAAAAACAAAAAACAACUUUAAACUACAGGUCUCAGCGUCUUGGAUGAGGAAAGUCGCCCUCCCCCCGGUACUCCUGGAAGCCUUAGAAUUUGUACUACCUGCUAACUGAAUGUCUGUCUUGGGAGACAGUGGGAAGCAGCACUGUUCUGUGCUUUAAUACGGGUGAAGGAGAAGAAACGUUGCCUUCUUCCCUCUGUUUUAGCAUCUUGAAGCUGGACUGUAUAGGUGAAUUUUGAGAUCAAAUUCUCUUUGUUAGGGACCACACUCGUUUCACAGGAGUGCUUUCCUAAUUCCAAUAAAUACCCUGACCGUCUUGUAAGUGCA